AUGAGAAAACCAAUCUCAACCCUCAUUGCUCGCCGUACGCCAAUGGGCCGUUACCCGCAACUCUCGGCAAUCCGCGAGACGGAAUGCUUCACCAGCAACGGGGACGCAGCACGGAAAAACCGGGACCCGUACGAUGCAGGAUCACUCGAGCGUGUGAUCAAUGUCAUCGAUUACGCACGAAAUGCGAUGGCCGACAAUUGUGCGCGCACUGCAAAGAGUCAGGUCUAA